UAUUAUAUCCAGUUAUUUUUCCCACGCUAAGAAUAUUCAUAUUCGCGGAAUUAAUAAAAAGCUAGCGGUGUUCAAACUCCCUCCACUCAUCUCACACACAGGAGAGAUGGCAUUCUCUCUUCUCUCUCCUCCUCCUUCCUCUGCUUUAUGCUCUCUCUCUUCCACUUCUUCGUCGCCGGCUCAAUUCACCGGACAAUCCCUACGGCUAUGGACAAGCAGAAGCAGAACCGGACCGGCACUGCCUGUUCUCACACGAGCUUCUUCGGAGAAAGACGAUGAUAAACCGGCAUUUAACCCGUUCGGUUUUGUCACUGAUAAUCCGUCGAGCCGAAGCGCAAUUCAGAUGCCUGAGAGUCCCGCGGAAGACGGAAACGUCGGCCAAAUGCUUUACAGAAUUGAAGACAAGGGAAAGGAAUACGGAUCAUAUGUCAAAUCAGGAAAAUUUAGGUGGUUUGUGAGAGAAACAGGAUCACCUGAAAGCAGACGCGGGACAGUUAUCUUUCUCCAUGGAGCUCCAACACAAUCGUACAGCUAUCGAGUUGUUAUGUCUCAGAUGUCAGAUGCUGGGUUCCACUGCUUUGCACCUGACUGGAUAGGAUUUGGAUUUAGUGACAAACCACAACCUGGUUAUGGUUUUGACUACACUGAGAAAGAGUUUCAUGAAGAGUUCGAGAAGUUACUCGAAGUCCUGGGGGUGACAUCUCCAUUUUUCCUUGUAGUUCAGGGAUUCCUUGUGGGUUCAUAUGGAUUGACUUGGACCUUGAAAAAUCCCAGUAAAAUAUUGAAGCUUGCGAUUCUUAACACUCCAUUGACAGUUUCCUCACCUAUUCCUGGACUUUUUCAGCAGCUCAGAAUUCCCUUUUUAGGUGAAUUCACUUGCCAGAAUGCAGUAAUGGCAGAGCGCUUUAUUGAAGCAGGUAGCGCCUAUGUCUUAAAGCUGGAGAAGGCUGAUGUGUACCGGCUACCAUAUUUGUCAAGCAGUGGACCUGGAUUUGCUUUGUUGGAAGCUGCAAAGAGAGCUAACUUCAAAGAGACUGCAAGUCAAAUAUCAUCUGGUUUUGCAUCUGGAAGCUGGGAUAAACCAAUUUUAGUUGCUUGGGGAAUAUCAGAUAAGUAUCUCCCACAAUCAAUUGCAGAGGAAUUUCAGAAGGGAAAUCCUGGAUCUGUCGAGCUUAAACUGAUUGAAGGUGCUGGCCAUAUGCCGCAAGAGGACUGGCCUGAGAAAGUAGUGGAUGCACUUAAAAUGUUUUUCCGAGUUUGAUGCCCGACCUUCAACCGUGGAUUCUGAACUAUUCCUGAUGUUAUUGCUAAGGUGCCCUCUUUUUUCUAUCUUGAAAAGUGUGAUCCUAAAUGUAAAUGCAAUCGUAUAUGACAGCAACAAGUAACGGUUGAACAUAUGCUCCCCUCCUGCCCCUCCUGCCCCUCUCCCCCUAACCUCCCUCUCCACUCUCUCUUUUCAAGUACAUGGAUGUGAAUUUGUGUCCAAAAAGUUUCUGUAUUAGUGUAAUUCGAUCAUAGUUAGUUUCUUUAGCUCAUGCUUGAAAAGACAUUUUAAUAGUCGAUAUUUAAGUAAUGUAAUACUGUAAAAAUGUUAUUAAAUCUUUAAUUUUUACUAA